CAUUGAAAAAAUUCACGAGCAAGUCCACGAGCAUGCAGAUACUUUACCGCCUUUACCGUAUGCUCCAUAAAACUCUACAUCUAUAAAGUAAAUGUAGAAAAUGGAAUGUAGGAAAAGCGCCCAUCUCUAAUGUAAGAGCAGAUGAGAGCAAUUGAUUUAAAAAUCAAUACUCGUGCUUCGUGGUAGAAUUCCACUUCAUUCGGUAAACUUGUGUCAGAGUGAAAAGUCCGUGAGUCGCGUGGUGACCACCAAAGACGUUGUCCAGGAUUUUAGCCUAUAUUCUUCCUGUUUGAAAAAAAGCAUGACUCGUGCGAAAAGGUAGUGUGUUGGUGUGAGAAGUGCAAUGAGUGAAAAGCGCGAAGAGGACCAGGAUGAGGGUGAUUGGGAGUACGCAAAGAGGGGCAUAGCUCUGUGGCUCAACAAUCAGCCCGAUGAGGCAGAACAGCAUCUGCACAAGCGGACAGACAAUCUCCAGACCAUGAUUGCCUAUACAUUCAUCAGCUGCAUGAACGCUGUGAUCUCAUUUGAAAUGGAAAAAAUCGAGCGAGCUCAGCAGGUGCUGCAAAGUGUUGAGCAGAGAUGUGGAGGAGCCCAAAAUGGAUGGUUUCACUCAGUCAAAUCUAUAUUCUUCGGUUCCAGCAGUGAUGCCCCGAAAUCCUUAGCAAUGCGCCUUGAAACUCAAAUAAUCCUAGCAGAUACUCAACUAUGCUCUGCCAUUUUAACAUUUUUAACUCAAGAUCUAAGUGGAUAUAUGAAGGGUAUUUGGCUACUGAAGAAAGCUUGGAAUGAGUAUCAACAAACUCAUACGGAACUCGUGAGUCUCUAUGGAAGGCUCAAAGCAAGAAAAACCACAGAAAAUGCUGUAGCCAGAAGACCCAAGUAUGGCAUUGUUCAAAGUGUUAGUGAAUACCUUCUGGGAAAUGCUCUUUCGGCGCGCUUUUUUGAACGUCCAGCACCCAAGAUGCCGCGUAGCAAGUCCACAGGACACAAUUUAUCCAAUACCAAUCCCAUUAGUGCCCAGAAUCCGUCCAAAAAUAGUUGUAUGCGAACUAGUCAGUCUACGGACUUUGCUCCUUCGAGUCCUUUGCCGGACAUCGACGUGGCCACCGUGGAACGCCUAAUGGGUGCUGUGAAUUUUGGCUACGGCCUCUUUCAGCUCAGUAUCUCCCUCCUGCCUCCCAAUAUCCUCCGCAUGAUAAGCUUCCUGGGCUUCGAGGGGAAUCGCAAUACUGGGCGCUCCUGUUUGGAAUACUCUCGCUCAACCGACGACAUCAGGGCUCCAUUGGCCACCCUCGCACUGCUUUGGUACCUCACAAUUGGUACUCAAAUCUUUGCAUCCACGGAACUGAAUUGCAGGGAUGCUUCACGAGAUGCUGCAGCAAUUCUCACACAAACUGAGGAGCAAUAUGGCACCUCAUCUCUGCAUCUUUUCUUCCGUGGACGCGUGGCUAGGAUGAGGAGUGAAAUUGAUACAGCUCUGGAGUAUUUUCAGAGAGCUUAUCGUGUGGCAGCGCAGUCAGAGAUGCGUCUGCUUUGCCUCCACGAAGUUGGUUGGUGCCAUCUUAUUCGGCUGGAGUAUGACAAUGCCAUGGAAGCCUUCCAUUGCCUUGGGCACGCUACUCAGUUCUCCAAGAGUUUCUUCAUCUACCUCGUGGCCAUUUGCCAAGGAUCCAGCGGGAAAUUUGAAGAUCUUCUGAUUCUCCGCAAUGAACUCCAGCAUCAUCUCCAGGCGGCAUCUGCAAAGGAGACAGAGAUUCAGCGCUUCCUGGUUGGCAGACACAGUCGAAUGCCAGAAGACGUAAAUGCCAAUGGGGAAGAAGAUGCCGCUUUCUGGCGGUAUCUCAUCUACGAGAUGCUCCUGCUGUGGAACACUCUGGAGAUCUGCACUCCAGCUGUUUUGGAUGACAUCGUGAACGACUGUGCCAAGCCACAGCUGACAAUAAAAGAACCUAUUCCGGGUCUAGCCAAACUCAUACUUGGCACGUGCCAUGAGCUGUGCGGACGCUUCCCAGAGGCCAUUCAGGCCUACCGGGAAUGCAUAGAGAUCCGCCAGGAGAUUACCACGGACUUCCUCCACAUUCCCGCCUUUGCCCACGUGAGACUUGCCCUACUACUUAUGGCUAAUGGUGGAUCUCAAGAGCGCGAUGAGGCCCGGAGCCUUCUCAGGAGUGCCCAACAAUUCAAGGGCUAUGACUUUGAAUGCCGCUUAAGUGUGAGAAUUAAUGCAGGUCUCAAGCAACUCACGGCUUGAUUCCCUAUUAUAGUUAUGUUGUGGCAUCCCUGGGUGAAUAUUGGUAGACACGGAACUUUCAUUAUUGUGCAAUUUUUAUUGACAAAAAAGUGAAGUGAUAGAAUUCAAGAAAAAAAGUUUUUACAGUGAUAUUACAUAUUUCUAGUCAACCAAAUGUACUCAUUCAAUGUUCAAGUUAAUGUUGUUACUAUGCCAGAAGAGCGUUUAGUAUUGAGAAUGCGUUAAGCGUUAAGCAUAUCAUGAAAUUGUUUGUUACAUCUAACAACAAUUUUGUUAAUAUUAACAAAUUAAUUACGUCUUCUUCGUGAUUCCAUCUCAACUUGACCCAGGUAACCUCUUAUAGAGCAAUCAAAGUUAGUGAAACAUUAGGCAAAGGGACCAAGAUUUAAGAAGUUGAAGGAGGUGAAGAAAUCAAAGACGACGUAGUUGAGUUAGGAUAUGAGUUGUAGACCUGUACUUACUUCCGACGUUAAGUUACAAGUAAAUUGAAACAAGUUCUGUAAUAAAUUUAUAUCGGAUUACAGAAUAUAUGCUACCAAAAAUAUCACAGCACAGGAUUAAAAACUACAACUUUUGCCAAAAACUUUGAGCUAAGAAUUGUAAAAAAUUAAACUUGCAGUUUAAACUGCGAAAAAAGGAAUAAAAAUUAAAGGUCCUCACUUUUUAAAGAACGAUAUCUUUAAGGUCUAAAAAGGCUUAUUAAUUCAACAGUCUUCUAAAGAAAGGAAUACAAAUGUAACCUGAAAUACCGUUUAUGUAUGAACAAAACAUGAAACAUUACUAAAAAAUAACUUUGAAAAUUAUAAAUUUACGAUAUUAAUUAAUGAUUUCAAAUAAAGAGCUAACAGAAGAAAGAUUUAUAUCUUAAAAAUUUAUUUUAAAUUGCUCACUUAAUUGAGAAACAAUAAAAAUCUAAAGGCACCAUUAGGUCUGGCUUUAGAUAAAGUUUAUUUGAACGCUCAAACAGUUUUAAAAUUGAUUUCAGGGAAGAACGCUUAAAUAAAAACUAUAUUUAAAUAUUUAAUGUCAAAAUUGAAGAUUUCGUCUUUUGAGUUAAGCGGGAUAUAACGCUUCAUUUAUUCCAAACUUACCGAAAACUUUCAGUAUUUUGAAUUUAAAGAUUUAAAAAUUCCUUCCGAUCAACUUUAAAAUUAAGGAAAUCCUAAACAAGUUUGACAUUUUCACUUGAGCUUCGUCAUUGUGAAAUUUGUUACAAUUCAAACAUGAAAGAGCUUGAAGAAAUUUGACAUUUUAAAAUUAAAGAUCUUUUCAGAAAAUACAAAUCAGCCUUUUAAAGCUCAUUUAAAGACAUACCGCUUAAAAGUUUAUCUCAAAAUUAAGGAGCAAAUUUUUGUUACAAACUUUACAAACUUUUAUUCACGUUUCUCAAAUGCCACGGUCUCUUCUCUUUCGCUAUUUUUUGACUAUCAAUUUUCCGGUAGGUGCGCUGUUAGCGCUUGAUAAUUGCAAUUCGAAGAAGAAGCUUUAAGUUUAAAUUAACAUAAUUUUGCGUUUUUCGAAAUUCUUUUAAAUUUUUAUAGAUUUUUAGAUCAUUUGUAUAGUCGCUGGUUUGCUUUUACCAUGAUUAUUGUGUAAUUUUGUAGUUGUGUAAUUUUAAUUUUAUAUAAAGUUAGACGGUGUAAUUUGGAAUGAAUGAAGCAAAGCGUGCGCGACUGUGAAUCUGAGGAACUCUCUAUGGCCCGAGAAAUUUUCAAAAGACGUCGAGAAUCUGGGAAAUUUUUGAGAACUACUUUCGAAGAGUUUGGUAUCUUGAUAAAUUUCCGUGAAUGCGAUAAAUCUUCAGAAACAAAUAGGCAGCCCCUACAACCCGAGACAACCUUCGGAACCAUCGGGAAAUCCGGGAAAUUUUGAAGAAAAAAAAAAAACUACGGAGAUCGCUAUCAAAACUGGGAACCCUCCGUAAACUCAGGGUACGCGGUAAAAAAUUUCGGCACAUAUUUGUUCCAAAAAUUAGCUCGUCCACGAACACCAUAAUUUUUGGCACAAUCUUGUUCAUUUUACGAGAUUCAAAAAGAUAAUCAAUAUUAGUAACGAAUUUGUUCCAAAACGUAGCUUGUCCACGGAUACCGAAAAUUUUUGGAACAAAUUUGUACCUUCUAGGAGGAACAAAAAGAUACCCAAUAUUAGUAACGAAUUUGUUCCAAAAAAUAGCUCGUCUAGUAUAAAAUCGUAUCCCUCCUCUCACACUCAAUCACCCGUCAGCGAAGCGAAGAGUACACGAAAUCUGUGGAAAUUUUCGUGCUACAUGGUUUCACUUUUUUAAAUCGAGAUUCCCUUCCCCUCCUGCUGCCAGCACUCGCAUAUGAUUUCGUCAUGCACGCGUUUGUAUAAAACACUCUUAAGUUGAUUCUUACUUGAUGUUCCCUAUGAACUUCCGCCACUGAAAUCCAUCUCGACUGAAGUAUAGGCCUUAACUGUAAAACGAAAUCACUUACACGAAUUUGUUUCCGACAAUGGGAACAAAAAGAUCCCCCAUAUUAGUAACAAUUUCGUUCAAAAAAUUACCUCGUCCACGGACACCGAAAAUUUUUGGAACAAAUAUGUUACAGAUGUAGGAAUAAUAUUGUUAUAAAAAAUAUGUAUCAAUUUGAUCCUGACAGUGGAAACAAAACAGCCGAGUGCAACAAAUUCUAUUCCAACUUUCAGAAACAAAUUUGUAUAAAACGUAAUCAACUCAAAUUUGUAGAUAUUCUACCGUAUCAAAACGGUUCCAAAAGAAAACUCUAACAAAAUUGCAACUAAUAUUUCGUAACAAAACUCAUCAAAACUUUUUUGGAACAAACAAAUAUCUUCUCUAGGUACAAAUUGAUUCCAAAAAAAAAAUGUUCCAAGGAAAACUUGUUCCAAUAUUUUGGUGUCCAAAAGUUUUUACCGUGUACUCGUGGAAUCCUCGGAAGCCGUCAAGACCUCGGCUAACCCUUGUAAGUAUUUUAUACGUCUCCACAUUACAAAAUUUAUUUUAUUUCCUCGCUUUUCUUUUUGCCGUGUGGAAACUUUGUCAACUAGGGUAAAUGUCCUAAUUCAAAACCAUUUCUAGACGCUUUAACUUUGACAGAAGAUUCAACACAUUAAGUUCAUAUUUUUUCUGAAGAAAAUUACAUAAAUUUGGUCUUUGACUCUUCUAAAAUGUUACUGUUUAGUGAAAAUUCUUUAGAUAUAAUUUCAAAACUUCUUAAAUACAAGAAAAAUACGCAAGUGUAAAAUGCUUCUAUUGGAAACAAAUUAAUCCAAAUGGAGACACUUAAAGUUUCUAAUUGGAGACAAACAAUGUAAGUGAAACCGCGACGAAAGGCUUCCAAAACCUUGUUGAGUUGUUCUUGAGUGCAGUAUUUGUUCUUAUUCCUAGUCUUUUCUCUUUUCCCAUCUAAAACAAUCAGAAAAUCUCUCCAAAAAAAAUGCUAUUUCCGGACUUUCCUAUUGAAGCAUUUGCAGACACUUCAGAAAAACCCUUUUUGUUCACGAAAUAAGUAAUUAUUUCAUUUGAAAAAUUCACGUUCCGUUAACAAUAAAGAUUAGCACUUAAUUUAACUAAAAUUAGCCAGAAAUGUGACAUAAAAUGUUAAAUAAAACGAAUCAACAACAGUCACCUCAUUGUGUUUUUCAUUGGAAAACAUGGUCAAUCGAUGAAAAUUUCGAUGGUGAAAAUUAAUUAAUUUUUCUAUUAACUAUUAACUAUUAAUUUUUCUGAGAAAUUAACAAAUUAAAAUUUGUAAAUAUGAAUGGAUUUUCGCUUUAUUUGGAGCAAAAUUAAGUAAAUAAUGAAACUGUGGUGUAGAAAAUUAUAUAAAUAAUAAUUUAGUACUGUAUUUAUCAUGGAAAAAAUGACGUUUCCAUUUGGAGUAGCGAAAAAUUUCCAUUUGGAGCAGGUUUUGAAUUAGCUUAAUUUACCCUACUAAAUUGUGUAUAUCAUUUUACACAAUUAUUACACAUUUUGAGUAAAAAUACACAAAUUUUACACAAAAGGCGUAGAAAUUAAAGAAAUGUGAAAAUUCACAUUUAUUUUAUAUAAUAAAUUUUAAUUUUUAAAACAAAAAUAUUCAGCGGAAUAUUAUUUUAUUGUUGUGGAGUAAUCCAUAUGGCGUCAGGGAUGGCGUAGUAAAAUUUGCAUUUACUAAAAGAGAAUUAUUAUACAUAUAACUACAAAAAAAUCUCACGAUUGUGAUGAAGUAUGAGGUUUAUUUCCAAAUAUUAUUUGUUGCUGCGUUUAAAUAAUUCAGGUGCUUAGUUAGACUUUAAUAAACCAGAAAUAAUAAGGGUAAGUGUGCCAAAUUUCGGCACAGUUGCAUGCAAGCGUCAUGUAAUAUUUUAAAUACAAAUUGAUUUUUUUUAUUCUUUCUUCUGAAAGAGUAUUGCUUGGAACUUUGUAAAGAGUUUACCGUCUUUAUUUAUGCUAAGAUCAUUCUUAAUACAUUUUAAAAUGAAUAAAUAUACAGAGACAUAGCUUUGGUGGACUAUUUCGGCCACCUUCAUUCUCAUAGUUCCUUGCCCUUCGGGAAUUCUUCCAAUGCCUUUUUCACGUCAUCUCGUUUGUCGAAGUUACAUUUUUUGUUAUUCUUUUGCAUUGUAUAAUCUCUAGAGUACGUAAAAUGUAAAAGUUCAUGGAAAUUUGAGGAACAAAAAAGGUGGCCGAAAUUGCAAGCUGGCCGGAAUUUAGGACACUUACCAUAUUUUGUUAUUUUUUGUUAAGUUUAAAAUUUUUAAGACUUACCAAAUGUUUAAAAUAUGCUUAACGCUUUCCAUUGAAUAAAGUCCGGGUCCUACCAAUAUUCACCAAGUGUCAAUGACCGUUUAUUAGCACGCUAAUUAAUUCACACCUUUAGAAGCCAAAACACUCCUCUUGAGAGAAGGUAAAUAAAAGUGAGCACUGAACGAUUUUACGUUUAAAUAUUUAUUGUAAAUUUCGCGUUGAUCCAAAUUCAAGAGAAGAAUAUCGUUUUGAAUUUUUCAAUAAUUAUAUUUUCACUCUUCACACUUACUUUAGUCUCACACACGGAACACAAUAAUAAUGUAAAAAAAAGAUACUGAUAAAUUAACUUAGAUUAAUACUCCUGUUUUUUUUCUUGUAAUCUCCAAAUUGUGGCAAGUAGAACGUUGAAAAAGAGAUCGAUGCCAAGAGAAUAAUUUAUCGGGAAAUGCUGAUGGGGAGAAUUUAAAACAAGUUAACUUUCAAGCAAAAAAAUCCUUAAUGUAAUAGUCCUUUUUUUUUAGAUAAAACCACGAAAAUUAACUUACACGUUAAAAUGUGAAAAAUAAACCAAGUCCUUCUACAGA